GUGCAUCUUUUUCUUAUUUCAGUUUGACUUGACUCGACGGUUUGACUUGUGACCCUUAAGUCAUUGACCCGACCUGGAAUAGGCCCAAUUAAGUUCACACCAAAAGAGCAAAUUGACCUCAACCCAACAACUAUUUACAUUAUGGCCAUCAAUCAUCUCCUCCUUUAUUUCACCUUCAUCGAUUACUUCUAGCAUUAAACCAAUCAAAUCAAAUCAUAAAUUCAUUUUGCGUUUAUUUCGAUUUGACUUGGCUCGAUGGUGUGACCUGUGACCCUUAACAUUGACCCCGCCCAGAAUAGGCCCAAUUAAGUUCACACUAAAAGACCAAAUUAACCUCAACCUCAACCCCAACAACUAUUUACAUCAUUGGCACCAAUCUUCACCUCCUUUGUUCCACCAACCAAACCAAACCACAAAUCCAUUUUUCUUGUUUUGAUUUGACUUGACUCCACGGUUUGACCUAUGACCCUUAACAUUUACCCGACCCGAAAGUAGGCCCAACUAAGUUCACAACCAAAAGACAAAAUUAACCUCAACCCCAACAACUAUUUACAUCAUUGCCAACCAAUCUGCACCUCCUUUGUUUCACCUUCAUCAAUACUCAAAAACUCUUGCUAAAAAAUUCCACCAAUUUCAAUGGCACUUUGUUCUCUUUCACCAACUUUCUCUCCAAACCCAUCUGCACCACCAUCCUCUUUAUCCAUAUCACCAUCAAGAACAGCAAAAAUAACCCAAAAAAAUUCAAAAUUUAGACCAAAAUGCCCUCCAAUUUCAGCACUUUCUGAUCCAUAUGUACUCCAAAUAGCUGAAAAUCUUGAAGAUUCUUUACCUUCAACUUCCUCUCCACCGCUUGAAAAGCUAAGGAACACUUCCUCAGACACCCUUUUGUCCACACAAUGGCCAUCUCGUAAAGAUGAGCCAUUUAGAUUCACUGACACUUCACUAAUCAAGAAUUCAAGAAUUGAGCCAAUUCAACCUCCAAACACUGAAAAGGUUCAGUCUUUGAAUUCUUUGAAUGAAUCUUUAGACACCCUUUUGCCUACUGUUGUAAUUGUUGAUGGUUAUGUAGUUGAGUCUUUGUGUAAUUUGGAUGAGUUAAUGGAUUUUCCUAGUGGGGUUUAUGUUGGGAGCCUGUUGAGUGUUGAUUCGGAGAGUUUAAGGAAAAGGGUGUCUGAAUAUGAGUUUAGUUUUAAAGGGGAUUUGUUUUGGUCACUUAAUGGUGUAGGUACACCUGAUGUAGUGUUAGUGUAUGUGCCUGAAGGGUGUAAGGUUGAGAAACCGUUGCAUUUGAGGUAUGUUAGUGUUGAAGGGAGUGAUAAGGAGGUGAAAGCGUUGCCUUUUUCGAAUCCGAGGGUGUUGGUGUUGGUGGAGAAAGGAGGUGAGAUUAGUAUAGUUGAGGAGUAUGUAGGUGGAGAUAGGGAUAAAUGUUACUGGACGAAUUCGGUUAUGGAAGUGGUUGUUGGGGAAGGAGCGAAGGUGAGCCAUUCUUAUAUUCAGAAUCAGUCUUUCAAUGCUGCUCAUAUCAAGUGGACUUGGGUUCAGCAGGAAUCAACUAGCAAAUACGAGCAUGUAGAAGUAAGCACUGGUGGAAAGUUGAGCAGGCACAAUAUUCACAUCCAGCAGGUUGGUCCAGACACGGUUACUGAGUUAUCGACGUUUCAUAUGUGUGUUUCUGAUCAAACACAAGAUCUACACAGUAGAUUAGUCUUAGAUCAUCCACGAGGUGUCUCUCAGCAGAUCCAUAAGUGCAUUGUGGCCCAUUCUUCUGGACAGGCUGUUUUUGAUGGAAACGUUCAAGUCAAUAGAUAUGCGCAGCAGACAGAUGCAGGGCAACUUACACGAAGUCUCCUUUUGGAGCCUCGGGCAACUGUGAAUGUCAAACCUAAUCUCCAAAUCAUUGCCGAUGAUGUCAAGUGUUCCCAUGGUGCUGCAAUCAGUGACCUCGAAGAGGACCAACUAUUUUACUUCAAGGCACGUGGUAUUGAUACUGAAACUGCGAGGAAAGCUCUCAUCUUUUCGUUUGCAGCUGAAGUAGUUGAACGUUUCCCUAAUGCCUCGGUUAGGAAGAAAGUCGAAACUCAUAUUAGACAACUGCUAGAUCCCUCACACCCUUCACCGUGAGCCUUCUGAAUUGUGGCGCGUUUUUCUUUCUAGUUUCGCUCUUUAUGUUAAAUCUAAUUCUUUUUUGUAUUGAAGAAGCAAGUAUGGUGAUGUUAGUUUGAAACAUAUACAUUGUUUGUACCAAAAGUUGUAAUCUUUUGUACAAAGACGGUGGAAUUGUUUGAGAGGAAGUGAAGUGCAAGACAAGACUUGUUGCCUCA